CUCACCCCGACAAAUCAUGCUUCCAUGACGACCAAGUAAAAAGAUUUUUAACUCCACCCCACCACCAUCACCAGCUUUGAGAUUUGAGCUCAAAACCCCAAGUCUCAGAGAGAGAGAGAGAGAUCUUGUGGUGUGGGUUUGUUGAGAAGGGUGGUCUGGAUAAUAUGAGUAAUUGGCUGGGGUUUUCUCUGACUCCACACCUGAGGAUUGAUGAAGGGUUUGGAAGAGAAACCCAAGACCAUGGAGCUUUUCCUCCUCACUUGUCUGUCAUGCCCUUGCGCUCAGAUGGCUCUCUCUGUGUUGCUGACCCUUUCAGGCGCUCCAAUGGCGCUGAUGAUUGGAGAUAUGAGAAUGCCAUGGGUGCUGCUUCAAAUCCAAACGAAGAGGGGCCAAAACUUGAAGAUUUCUUAGGCUGUUGUUACUCAAACUCUCCCCCGGAUGAAGCAAAAGUCUACUGCCAAAACCAAGAGGAUCACCCUAACCAAAACGACAUCAAUGUUAACAUAGUCCCUAGCUUCAACGCCAACGGAGAAAUAGAGGCCGGAGACAAUCUCGGAAACCCAUCUCACUUGCUUCAACCUUACCACUACAACGAAACCCCACAAACCCUAAUCGCCAGUAACGGCAUGUACAAGUCUUGGUUGGGCCAAACGCUUUAUUCUGAUGGAAAACCUUUUGCUGAUUCAAAUGGGUGUAGUUUUCAGUCACUAAAUCUCACGAUGAGCCCGACCAGUGCACAAAAUAGAUUGGAUUCAAUCUCACCCGUGCAAGUGACUACUGAUAACCGUAAACGACCGGCCGUGGCGAAGACUCUUCCCAGAGAACCGGUUCCUCGUAAAUCCAUCGACACUUUUGGGCAGAGAACCUCUCAGUUUCGUGGUGUUACGAGACAUAGAUGGACGGGGAGAUAUGAGGCCCAUUUGUGGGAUAACAGCUGUAGAAAAGAGGGGCAAACUAGGAAGGGAAGGCAAGUUUAUCUUGGCGGCUACGAUAAGGAAGAAAAAGCAGCAAGGGCUUAUGAUUUAGCGGCACUCAAGUAUUGGGGUCCAACAACUCACAUUAAUUUCCCCCUAAGCACGUACGAGAAAGAAGUUGAAGAGAUGAAGAACAUGACUAGGCAAGAAUUUGUUGCCAAUUUGAGAAGGAAGAGCAGUGGGUUUUCGAGAGGGGCAUCCGUGUAUAGAGGAGUGACAAGACACCAUCAGCAUGGAAGGUGGCAAGCUAGGAUUGGGAGGGUUGCAGGAAACAAGGACUUGUACCUUGGAACAUUUAGCACACAAGAGGAAGCAGCCGAGGCCUAUGACAUUGCAGCAAUUAAGUUUAGGGGAACGAGUGCAGUUACAAAUUUUGAUAUGAGUAGGUAUGAUGUGAAAAGAAUUUGCUCAAGCUCCACGCUGAUUGCCGGGGAACUUGCGAAACGUUCACCGAAGGACUCGGCUUCGGCUACGGCUUCCCUUGAGGACUACAAUUCUUGUGCCUCAUCCACUUCCCCUCUACCCCUUUUGGCCAUAUCAUGCAGCGAGCCUUCCUCCGAUGAUUUGGCCGACAUGGUGUGGACCUCCAACAACGAGGAACAUCAACGCCAUGAGAAUACAAACACCAACAAUGAUGCAACAUUGGUGGCUUCUAGCAGCAGGAAUUCUUCGAACCCACAAAGCCCAAAAUGCUCUUUUGGAACGAGUAGUGAAUUUGGAAUUGGUGGAGGUGACUAUUCUCAUGCCUACUUCUCGCUGCAAGGGGCAAAGUAUGAAGUUGGCAGUAUUGAGAAUGAGCAUGGGAUGCCAUUAGGCUGAGAAAUUUGGCUUUGGUCAUCAGGUCUCUAUGCUUUUUGCAUUGUUCAAACGAGGGACAGAGAUACUGGGUGUUUUAAGAUUUGAGAACAGAAAUUGUAGUAUAAGGGAUAUCUAAAUAGAUGGUAGAAUUCAAUGGCUUCUAGGCUUUUUAGCUGCUUAUAUAAUGCUUAUUAUAAGCUUUCAAAUAUCUCGACUGUU